CGACCCUCUGCACCCGACGAGCUCCCCCCGUUACCGCAACCCAUUUUCCGGUCGGAACACCGGCAAAGCUUAGGGAUUUCUCCCUAUUUUCUUGUUCUUGAACCCAGAAUUUCCCCCUUCCCUCUGCAGAAUCCGGAUCUGCUCUGCUCUGCCUCUCCCGUCCAGCUGCUGCUCUUGUUUGUGGGGGCAAAUUGCUCUGGUUUUAGCCGCGAGUUCCCCUGCAGAAUUUCUUCUUCUCUGCCGCCGGCUUCUCCCCCCUGCUAGGCUCGGUUUUGCUUGCUGAAUUCCGGAAGUGAAACUGAGGACGGAGAAAUCAAGGGGAGUGACGAGUUAGAAGGCUAACCAUCUUGAAAUUUGAAUAUGGAUUUUAGAUAUAAUGAUGAUAUUGCAAGCUUGGUUGUAAUUGGAGAUUUUAUAAAUUCUUUAAUGGAUUGUUAGUUUACAAAAGACUUGACUUGGAGAUAAUUGAGAUUUUGAGGUAAAUAAUAUUUUGUGGAAGAGACAGCCUGCUGGUAGAACUGUUGCUGAAGCAUUAUGAAGAGUUUAUUUUAAUAAUCAAUCCAUUAUAUUUUAUGCUUGUAUCUUAUAUAUGAGAAACUUCCCAAAGAUAUCUCCGAACGGCAUGUACUGCUUCUGGAUCCAGUUCUUGCUACAGGUAAAAUCCAUUUGUUGAUUCCCCGAAGUUUUCUAGUUCUUUCCCAAAUCUGAUGUCUGCCCUUGUCCAUUAUUGCAAGAACAGGCUAACGGAGUGGAGCUCUGCCAACCAAGCAAUUCAACUACUGAUACAGAAAGGUGUUCCAGAAUCCCACAUUAUAUUCCUGAACUUGAUAUCCGCCCCUGAGGGAAUCCAUUGUGUUUGCAAACGUUUCCCAUACUUGAAAAUCGUCACUUCGGAAAUUGAUGUUGCAUUGAACGAAGAGUUCCGAGUCAUCCCAGGUAUGGGUGAGUUCGGAGAUCGUUACUUUGGCACUGAUGACUGAUCCAUUGCUUGCAAGUACAGAUUGUUAGUGGUAUUUGUUUCAUGACACUCUGAAAACAAAUGUGGUAUUGAUUUUUACCCGUGUACGCCACCUGCUACCCGCUAAGUGCCUGGUCGCAUCAAAUAUUACAACAUAAUUCGAGUCCACUAGAUGAAUUUCAAGUCCUUGAAUACCUCCAUGUUUGAUCGAAUGCUUCUUUCUUUCAAGGGUGCAGAAUAUGAAUAAUAUUGUCGAUACAUC